AUGCGAGUCCUACCCAAAGGGCUUGGGAGAGCCCAGCCAUCCUCCCUCAUUCUCAUUUUGGUUAUUCUUGCAACCGCUGCUCAAGUCACCGCGGUGCCAGCCGGGGAUGCCACUACGGACGCCGCCCAGACCACCGACGAUCACUCGACCACUGAUAGCGCCCGUAGCGUGACCGAAACCACAUCUUCUACGUCCACAUCGGAUACAACAACCUCCACUACGUCGACGUCGUCGACGUCCACAUCAACUACCAGCAUGGCUACCACCACGACAUCCUCGUCGGAAACAUCCACCUCCACCUCCUCCUCCUCCUCCUCCACCACCUCCACAACAUCCUCUGUUUCCACAACAUCCUCCGUGUCCACAACAACGACAUCCUCAACCUCGUCUUCGUCCUCCACAACAGCAGGUGCCGCCGUUGUGACCAUCCCACCCACCGCAAAUGCACCGUACAUGCAGACUACGAACACACCGGAGGGAACAGUCUUCAUUGCCGUCGGCGCCAUCCUAGGCUUAAUUGGGCUGGCCGUACUCGCUUGGCGCGGAAUGGUCGCAUGGUCAGUCAACCGCUCAGUGCGACGCGCAGCCAUAGCGCACUCCUCCGAAAACAAGCGCCUCUUGCGCGGCAGUCGUAAGAAGCGGGGAACAACGGUGUACACUGCAGCGUCGGCAGGAGACGUUUCGCUGGAAAAGCUCGGCGCAGCUACUCGCGCAAGCGUCAAGCCUAACCGGCGGGUGCCCAGCUCGAACAGUGGUCUAUUCUUUUCGCCCACUGCUGGCGGCUCAGGAUCGCAUCACAGUCUGAACGCCACGGGUAACCGCGGCUCAACAUAUCUUCCUGCCGGGUAUUAUGCCGCCGCUGGAGGCUCUACGCCAGCCAGAGACGGGGCAGGCUCACACGCUGAACUCAACUCACCGUCCCUCCCGAAUAUCGGCGCCUAUGAUUCGCCACGUAACCAGCGAACCUCUCAUGUAGGUGGCUCCACCAGCUCGCUCAAUUUAAGCCAAGCGCCACAGGGUCGCGCACCGAGCGCAUACCUGGAAGACCUAUUCGAGAGCCAUGCACCUUCCAGCAAAUCCGACAGGCGUCAUCAUAGAUGA